CACUCAACUGAGGCCAGCUCUCAUGCAGGCUGCUGCAGAAGAGCAGGUGGGGGCUCUGAGACGGUGCAGCCACCAAGAGCUCACGUAUGCCUUAUCUCCUUUGCUGCCGACGAGGCACCCGAGAACCGAAUAUCAGCAUGGUCGCCCACAUCGGCCCCCCAUCCGACCUCAAAAGACUUUGCUUGAGCCUCUAAAUGCCUGGGGCCCCAUCUGCGAUGGCGUGAUGGUCAGCACAGACUGGAGAAACGACGCCAAGUGCGGGUACUUGAAUGGCAACGGUGGGCAAGGCAUAGUAGUUGGUUGGACGGUUGACGAGGGCUCUAUGUACACACUUCAGCUACUCGACCCAGAAAUUCUCAAGCGGGAAAUCCUCAAAUCCAACGCACACAAUCACGAAACCAUUCGGCAUCUUUAUGACCUCGAACAUGUCGACUCAGAGCAUCACGCGUCGGCGGUUGCCUCAGCUUACAUUGGGGACAGUCUUUUCCACGCUAACAUUCUGUCCUUGGUUCACAGGCUAGCCAACGAUCCACUGAGUCCUCCAACCCACGCGCAGUGCUAUGCCCUCCGUACAUCCCCGCCUGCCUUGAUGGCGACGACAAACGCAGCAGAAGUUAUUGGAGAGUACUUCGGGUGCAUGCACACUGGCGACGUACCGUACGCCUUUGGCUUCGACGGUACAGAACCUCACACUCGACAUCCUGGCGACGUGUACGGUGUUGCCGUUGGCGCACCACCAUCUGCCCCACCACGUUUAGGGACGCCCUUCCAAGCCCAUGAGUUGGAGUUGUGCCAGCGGCUGAUGGGCUCUUGGGGUGCGUUCAUCCGGGGAGAAGGAAUGCAGGACUGGCCGACGGUGCAAUCAAUGCGCUCGAUCGGCCCGCAGAAGGAAGUAUCAUUGGAACAACUACCAGUUCUCGCUUUGGGAGACGCGGCGCAGAUAGGUGAUGCAAACGGCUCGGGUUCUCGCGAUGUGAUGGUGAAAAUGCUCGGCGAGUUGGCAUUUUGGAGGAGCGUGGUCAUGCCUGGUGCUGCUACUGUUAAAGAGCGCAUAGAGUGGUGGUCACAUUCAGAGGUCCGCUUUCUUGAGUGCUACGGACGAGCAGAUUACAACGAAAUGUGAAGCUAAUUGUAAUUUACGUGUCGGAAACAUGCGAAUUCUGCCUAUUGAAGUGGUUUUGC